AUGGCAACGUUUAGGCCCACCAGCUUAGAACCACUGCAGCAGCAACCACUUGCAAGCAACAGUCAUGCUCAUCACUUCCAUCAUCAGCAACAAGAGACACUUAAUUUGCAGCUGCAACAGCCACAGCCGCAACAGCACCAACAACAGCAACACUAUCAACAAUUUCAAUACCAGCAUCCGCACCACCAACACCACUUCCAACUACAACAACCACAGCCACAACAAUUCUAUCAUGCAACAAAUGCUGCUGCUACUGCUUCUUGUUCCAACUCUGCACCACUACCACUACCAGUGACAGCAGUACCACCAUCUCUGUCGUCGUCAUCUGCUGCCCCCUCAUCGUCGUCUUUGCCCUACACCCAUGCUGCGCCUCACACGCAUGCUGCACCCCAUUUGCAACAACACUCCGAGCACCGGGGAGAUUGUUGCAACUGUUAUUUGCCAGUGCUACAGCCGGAUGUUUUGCUCAAUAAUGAUCGCGGCCUCUUUAAGGUUUAUUGUUUUAUCAAAGAUUUCAUAGGGUAA